AUGCAAGUCCAGCAGAAGUAUGAAGAAGAACGUCAGAAGCGAUUGCGCCCAGAUGGAGACGCUCAAUAUGUCGACCUCGACACUUCGGAUCAAUUCAAGUACUAUCGCGAUGAUCCCUGGCUCGACGAGCGAUCCGACAAGAUCACUAUCAGCGACAAUGAACAUAUCAAAUAUUUGAUCCUUGGUGCUGGCUGCGGCGGUCUCCUUUAUGCGGCAAAACUGGUGAAGUCUGGGGUUCCUGCCUCGGAAAUCCGCAUAGUCGAUUCAGCUGGUGGUAUAGGAGGAACUUGGUAUUGGAAUCGUUACCCGGGUCUCAUGUGCGACGUGGAGUCGUACAUCUAUCUCCCACUUCUCGAGGACAUGAAGUACACUCCCAAACACAAAUACUCGUACGGUGGUGAGAUUCGGGAGUACCUCACCGCGCUUGCUGAUAAAUUUCUGCUUUCCGAGACAGCCAUGUAUCGCACCAAAAUCAACAGCCUCGUUUGGGACGACGAACAGCACCAGUGGAAAGUCAACAUGAGCAAGGCACGAACCGACCAGCCCUCACUGGAAAUGAACGUUACGACUCGAUUCAUCAUAGCGGCAUCCGGCCUGCUCUUGCAUCCAAAAUUGCCAGGCGUCGUCGGCAUUGAGACCUUUAAAGGCCACUCCUUCCACACAUCUCGUUGGGCGUACUCAGUCACUGGCGGAUCUCAGUCGAACCCAACUCUAGACAAACUCUCGGACAAACGUGUCGGCAUCAUCGGUACUGGGGCUACUGCAAUUCAAGCCGUUCCGCAUCUCGCCAAGUACGCCAAACAUCUGACAAUCUUCCAACGGACACCUUCUUCAGUUGACACACGUGGCCAACAUGAGACCAACCACGAAACAUUUUCAUCCACGGUCGCCACACAUCCUGGCUGGUGGAAAGAGCGCAACCUCAACAUGGCCCGCCAUCUUUCAGACGCCAUCAAACCUACCGACACGAAUCUAGUCAACGACAGAUGGUCCAUAUGCCAUUCAUACCGCUCGAUAAUCGGUGGUCCCAACGGACCUACCUCAAUGGAAGACAUCCCGGCAUUCGUAGCGUCCCUUCACGCAAGCGACCUACCUCGAGCAGAGGAGAUUCGACGGCGCGUGGAUGAUAUUGUGAAAGACAAAGGGACCGCGCAUAGCUUGAAGCAUUGGUACGCGUCAUGGUGCAAACGCCCAACAUUCCACGACGAUUACCUGCCGUGUUUCAACCAGUCCAAUGUCCAGCUCGUAGAUACGGACGGCAAGGGCGUAGAUUCACUGACUGCGACCGGCGCCGUGGUCGCUGGCCAAGAAUAUCCGCUGGACAUACUCAUUUUCAGCACGGGCUUUCGCGCCCCUUUGAGCGGCGGUCCAGCUGCCCGUGCUGACAUGAAGGUCACUGGUCGUAACGGGAAAGACAUGGACGCAAAAUAUAACGAGGACGUGGCAACUCUCCACGGCGUUUUCACGCACGACUUUCCCAAUUUCUUCAUCCCAGGACCAUUUCAGGCCGCUGCUACAGCCAACCAGACCUUUACUGCUGAUGUAUUGAGCGACCACGUUGCAUAUAUCAUUACCCAGGCUCAAGCUAAACACCCUGGUCAGAAGGUGGUCAUUGAGCCGACCAAGGAAGCGGAGGAGAUUUGGACGGGAGAGAUUUUGAGGCGGAGUAUGGCUUUUGCAGGCAUGGCAGGUUGUACACCGGGUUAUCUGAACGGUGAGGGUUUGAUGGACAGCCUCCCGAUGGAAGCGAGGAUGAAAGCUGCAAGAUGGGGUAUUUGGGGAGAAGGACUCGAGAGCUUCAUGAAUGUAUUGAAGCGCUGGGAAGAUGACGGCAAGCUCGAAGGUCUGGAUGUACGUGCUGUUUGA